GAUCUCCAUUGUUGCCAUAAAUAUCAAGAACACAUCACCGAGUCACAGUGACUGUUGUACUGAAAGACUUAAUAAUUAGGACGAGCGUGGGCACUGUAGUUUAUUUAUGAGCCUACAUCCGCCAUCACGCUUCCAUAAAUACUCCGUAGCACACAAAAUCUAUGGCUGAAAAGGCAAUAAGCGAACUUUUCCACACUUUAGAAGUAAAAAAAAAAACAAAAUUCCGGCGAGCUUUGAAGGCAGCGCAUUUAAAGCCAACAGACGUGCCAGUUUUAGGUCGCGUGCUAUUCCAUGGUAGCGUUUUGUUUGGCACAAGGGCAUAACUGGCUAUAGCUUUAUAAUUUCUUACUAUUUAUAAAAUGUUUCGGUCGCUUCUUAAACACCGUGUUUAACCACAGAUACGUGUUGACAUUUCUGUUUUAGCUACUUCGCGUUUGUUAACAGUCACCUCAGGUGCCACUUGAACAGUAGCUAGACCUGCCCCUCCUUUAACGAGCGUUUCCUCUUACUUCAGCCACACGCUGAUCCUGCACAGCACGGCAGCACUGCACACGCUAUUAACCGUACAGAUUAGGCACAUGUCGGCACCCUGGUGGAAAGUUAUACCCCAACCUCCACGUUACUGCCAGCAUUUAACAGCUGCUUCACACGCCACAGGAGGAACUCAGGGGCUGCCUGCUAAUAAACCCUAAGUGCAAGUUCAGUGGAUCUGACUUUCCCCUGACAGUUUCUGUGGCCUGCUCCAGGAGAUAAAAUCUGACUUUCAGAGCUGAUAAAUCACAACUCUGUCGACAGCCAGCGUUUACUGGGGCCCAUUAAGAAUGAGCAGGAUAGGGGCGGUCCUUGCCUGGAGGAAAGGGGUGGAUGAAUUUAAGAUUUUCUGGGAUAAAUAAUCGGAAUCUAUGACUAAUGACCAAGUGUUCAUGUGAGGAGUCAAGGUUUCAUUGGUUUCGACUAUUUCAAAAUCAUUCUCUGAGGGUGUGUCCAGGUCAGUGUUACUACUACGGUAUGCAGGAUGGGCCAAACUUGCUCGGAUCUAUCGCACAGCUCCGCCACUACAGGCAAAGCGAAAUGGAGAGCAGGCGAGACAGCCCAGCGACUCCGUCUCCGCAGGUUUAGGAGCGGAGGGAAGCGACGAGUGAGUGGGCAUUUAAAGAGAAAUCCGAUGAAAAGUAAAGUGUUGUCAUGUCUGGGGAGGAGAAAGAGAGACUCCAGCCAAACAGAAGAUGAUUUAGGUUGCGGAAACGAAGCCGGAGAUCCCGCAACGCGCCGGGAUCACAGAGUAGGAAAGUUGCCGAGGGACGAGGUUGUGACGGCGGUUGGAGAACACCAAGCAGCCCCGGAUUUUUUUGAGACACCAUCCGGGCUAGAUGACCAUACCGAAGCUAUCCAGCACGCCGUGAACCGAGAAGCAGCGGCCGGGUCGUCCGAUGCGUCAGGUUUGGAGACUCGGGCCGGUGAAUUCAGCGGUGUGGGCUGUGAAGAGCCGAAACCCGAGCGAGAGGACAAUGCCUCCAAUCCCCCGACGAGGGCCAUGGAAGAUCAGCCGCUGGGGGGAAGCAGCCAGAAUAGAAUUGGGUCUGAGGGAAGGGCAUUGACGGGGACUGGUCUGAACCCUGCCCUGCUGCUCACCUCUGGCCCCGACGCUGAGAGGACUUUGUCUAGCUCGCUCCUGGAUCAACCUAUACAUAGUGGAUCGUCGACAACGGACGAUCUCAUUGAAGCUAAAAUGACAAAAACUGAUGGUAUUACCGUUUCGUGUCCACCCAGUGUGGCCGGUGACCAAAAUAACUGCUGUCCGGCCAAAACCCAGAGCAGAAAGGAAUCUGAACAGGCCCACCAGAGUCCAGCAGGAGGACAGAAUUUCCCAGGAACCAUACCCAAACUCAUCAUAACCAGGGACACCAGUCCAGUCCGCUCUCAGGGGACACAGGCCCCGCUGACCGUCCAAACUGAGUUCAGCACCUGCUCGUGUCUGGAGCCUCACCACGACGACGAGUCUCCCUGCUCAGACAGCGGCUGCGGAGGGUCCCCUGCCCUGAUGCGCUCCCCGAGGAAGCUGUCCAACUCCUCCUCCAUCGGCCUGUCUUCCGCCUCGUCCUUCGAGGAGUCAGAGGACGACUUUACUGGGAGCGACAUCGAGUCCAGUCUGUCUCCGGGCCGCUCUCUGUGUAGCCCGGACGACGGAUCAGGGAACAAGUCCUGGAACAAGCUGAAGAACAUGGUUCAUUGGUCUCCCUUCAUUGUGUCCUUUAAGAAGCGUUACCCAUGGGUGCAGCUCGCUGGCCAUGCAGGUAACUUCCAGGCUGGAGAGUAUGGGCGCUUGUUAAAGCGUUACUGUGAGUGUGAGCAGCAGUGCCUACAGAAGCUGAUGAAGGAUACACUGCGGCCCUAUGUGCCUGGUUAUUAUGGUGUAGUGCAAAAAGACGAGCAGGAUUAUAACCUGAUGGAUGACCUGUUGGCCGAGUUUGACUCACCCUCUAUCAUGGACUGUAAGAUGGGCAGCAGAACCUACUUGGAGGAGGAGCUGAUGAAAGCCCGAGAGCGUCCACGUCUGAGGAAGGACAUGUAUGAGAAGAUGGUCACAGUGGACCCCGGGGCCCCUACAGAGCAGGAGAGGGCCCAGCAGGGUGUACUCAAACCUAGAUACAUGCAGUGGAGGGAGACGCUCAGCUCCACAGCCACCCUGGGCUUCCGCAUCGAAGGCAUUAAGAAAGCUGAUGGAACUUGUAACACCAAUUUUAAGAAGACAAAGCACAGAGAGCAGGUUAUGCAAGCCUUGGGGGACUUUGUUGAUGGCAACACUCAGAUUCUGAAAUUCUACCUGCAGCGUUUGGAGGAGCUCCGCUCAGCGCUUGAACAGUCAAACUUCUUCAGGACACACGAGAUUGUGGGCAGCUCUCUGCUGUUUGUGCACGAUGCCUCGGGGAAGGCCAAAGUGUGGAUGAUUGACUUCGGGAAGACCGUUCCCUUGCCAGACUCUCAGACCCUGGACCACAGGAGUCCCUGGGUGGAGGGCAACAGGGAGGAUGGCUACCUGUGGGGAUUGGACAACCUCAUAGAUAUCUUGAGCUGUAUGCUCCAACAGACACCUUGAGGGGGAGACUCGGCUCAGAAGACUGCAUUGAAAGACUGGUCCAUGUCACGAUGGUGGAGGAGACGAGAUCUGGAGAACUGGACGUGAAGGAAAGAAGAUUACACAAACUGACACUUAAAGAUGAACAGUUAGAAGAGGGCCACCAGUUUUGAGUUUUUUCAAAGCCUACAGUUUGAUCCAAGCAUCUUCAUCCACUUGUUUGUGUGUAAGAUUUGCAGGAUUUCUGCUGCAAAGUGAAACGUGCCAAAGGCUGACAUCAUGCAUUAUACUCCGUUUGUGGACCUCUGACAGUCAAUGUUUUCCUUCAAAGACACAUUUAAUGUUGCUCAUCUUUCCUCACCACCUCCCUCUAGUGGUUAGAGUUGCAUGUUGCUCUUUCCCAGACACAAACUUGAUACAGAGGUAUGACGCUUUUUUCCACAGCCUUUUGAGGAGCACUGGGUAAUGGGAGUUUUAUUUUUAUUUUUUGAUAGUAUCCAGCAACACUAAACCACUGGCCAGACUGUGUGUUAAAGAACUCAAUGUGUAAAUACAGUUUAAUUUAAUUAAAAACUUUUUUUGGCCUUGUUAUAACAACCUUCCCUUGUUUACACAAUUUCUGUGCCUGUGCAGUUGAUAAUUCCAGUGCCGUGGGAUCCUGCUGCACGUCUUCCAAAAAAAAGUUCACCCAAGUAUAAACUGAUUUAAAACUAAUCCCAGAGUUUAACUUGUAGUAGGAACUGAAGGUGUUUUCUUAAUUGGAUUUUUGUAUGAUAAUGCAGUGAAGCCUUUUAUUUUUUUUCCAUAUAACAGUACAGGAAGCAGCUUGGCAGCCAUGUUUGUCUGAAAUCUGUUGCACUAUGGAUCCUCCAAAGCCACUGAACAAAUCAAGCAGUGCCUCUGCGUGUCUUAAGAUGGGAAGCAGCGGUCAAGUACUAAGUCUACGUAUGCAGACAUUUGGUUUUUCCUUCUAAUCAGUGUAGCUUCAGAUUUGCGGGGAGCAUUGGUGUUCAGAUUGAAAUGAAACUGGAGUUAUCUGGUUAAAGUUAUUGGUCUGUUUUGGCAUUUGUGAGAUUUCACUUGUGUAACAAUUUCGACAUGAGCUCAACACUGGAAAAUUCUUGAGUCAAAGGAUGACGUGUAAUUGAAUACAAGAAAAUCACUUUUCAACACAGGGACACUGCUGUAAACCUGAUUUAGCUACACUAAACAGGAGGUAUGUGGGUUUGGAUUUUUGCAUGCAAGACAGUUGACAAAGAAGCAAGUUUGUUAUAGUUGUUAUUUUUGGAUAAGAAGGCACAUUUAUGACCACAUCUGGUUCCUUGACUGGAAUGCAGAGUCUUCAGUUUUCCAGACAUCCUUUGACAGAACCAGGCUGCAGUGUUUGAGUGUGUGCGUAGGUGGUUCACAUAGCACACAGACGUUUCUACGCGAGUGCUGCAAAUAUCUGACCUAAUGAAAUUGAAAUUUAAACUCAAUUUUUUCAUCUCUGAAAAAUAAAUAUACAGGGAGAGAGCAAUAAUCUAGUGUUUAUAAGGUCAUUUCUUUGCCCACAAAUGCUUUAUAUUUGUAAAAUGGCAAACUUCAGGUUUUCAAAGUGGGUGCUGCUUUAUAAGUAAGAGAACUGGAUUUGUAACCACAUUUUGUAUUUUUAAAGGUAGUGUAUUUUAAAGUUGCAAAACAGACUGCUGGAAAUGGUCAGCGCAUCCCUGCUUUGUCCAGAAGGGUAUUGGAAUAAACUGGAAAUAUGUUUUCAGAGUUUUUGUUCACACAACUUGCAUCAAAGCUACAUU